AUGGUGCAGCUUGGGCUGCUACUCUGGAGCGUGCGCAGGGCUGUUCUCGGGUCCGCGGAGGCUGCACUCUGGGGUUUGAAGUCAAAAAAUGGAUGUUGCCACAAUUUUUGUACUGCUGUUUCUAAAGAUGUCACUUAUAAGGAACUUAAAAACCUGCUGAAUUCCAAAAACACUAUGUUAAUUGAUGUAAGAGAAAAAUGGGAAAUUCUUGAAUAUGGAAAAAUCCCUGGGUCCAUCAAUAUACCCCUGGAUGAGGUAGGGCAGGCUCUACAGAUGAAUCCAGGAGACUUCAAAGACAAGUACAAUGAAGUCAAGCCAUCUGAAUCUGACAAUCUAGUGUUUUCUUGUUUAGCUGGAGUGAGAAGCAAAAAGGCUUUGGACAUAGCAAUAUCUUUGGGCUUUAACAGUGCUCAACACUAUGCUGGAGGAUGGAAGGAAUGGGUAACCUAUGAAUUUUCAGAGAACAAACAAGAAAAUUGA